GAGGCCCGGAGCCCGGCCCGCCGCCGCGGCCCGCGCGGGGACCCGCGCCGUCGUUGUCGCCGCGCCGCCAGGCCGCGCCCCGCCCCCGCCGCCGCCGCCGCCGCCGCCCCGCCGCUCCCGGGGAGGCUCGCGCUCGAGCUGCGGCGCCGGCCCCGCCGCCUGGGCCCCGGGCCGGCCCCUCCCGCGCCGCCCGGGCGAUGAGAAGCUGCUUCUGCGUGAGACGGAGCCGGGACCCGCCGCCGCCGCCCCAGCGGGGAACAGACCAAUCCACCAUGCCUGAAGUCAAAGACCUUUCAGAAGCCUUGCCAGAGACGUCGAUGGAUCCCAUCACGGGAGUGGGGGUGGUGGCUUCUCGGAACCGAGCCCCGACGGGCUAUGAUGUAGUUGCACAGACAGCAGAUGGCGUGGAUGCUGACCUCUGGAAAGACGGCUUAUUUAAAUCCAAGGUUACCAGAUACCUGUGUUUCACAAGAUCAUUUUCCAAAGAAAAUAGUCAUUUAGGGAACGUGUUAGUGGAUAUGAAGCUCAUUGACAUCAAGGACACUCUUCCUGUAGGCUUCAUCCCCAUUCAGGAGACGGUGGACACACAGGAAGUGGCUUUUAGAAAGAAGAGGCUGUGCAUUAAAUUUAUUCCACGGGAUUCAACGGAAGCUGCAAUUUGUGACAUUCGGAUCAUGGGCCGGACCAAGCAGGCCCCACCUCAGUACACGUUCAUUGGGGAACUGAACAGCAUGGGGAUCUGGUAUCGGAUGGGCAGAGUCCCGAGAAAUCAUGACUCAUCUCAACCCACGACGCCUUCCCAGUCGUCAGCAGCUUCUACGCCAGCCCCCAACCUUCCCAGGCACAUCUCUCUAACACUGCCUGCUACCUUCCGAGGCAGGAACAGCACUCGGGCUGACUAUGAGUACCAGCACUCCAAUCUGUAUGCCAUCUCAGCAAUGGACGGUGUGCCUUUUAUGAUCUCAGAGAAGUUUUCUUGUGUUCCAGAAAGUAUGCAGCCCUUCGAUCUCUUGGGAAUCACCAUCAAAUCUCUGGCAGAAAUUGAAAAAGAGUACGAGUACAGCUUCCGCACGGAGCAGAGCGCCGCCGCCAGGCUCCCGCCCAGCCCCACCCGGAGCCAGCAGACCCCCCAGUCCUGAGGGCCGCCCUGCUGGGAGACGACGCCUCCGCCCAGACUGCUGAGCGCCCCUCGCUCCCGGCCCUGCCCUGCCACGCCGCCUGGCCCACCUGGGACACCCUGGCAGCUGAGCCCUUACUCCUCCAUCGUCGGCUCGCCUGACGUGACAUCCCCGCCUCCCUGGGGACACUGUUCAUAAUCUCGACUAAUCUGUGUGUGCUGUAGUGACCAGCAGCUCCUAACCUGUCUGUGUGAUGACCAGUCGUCCUACAAACAGCCCCCCCACCACGGGAGUCACCCGAGGGCCCUGGACACUUGCUCUGGCCGCCCAGUGACGCCACCGGCUCCCUUGACUCCUGUCACUCGCCACUAAGCCAUCGUUUUCCUCCUGGAAGACCCUGAGGGGGAUGGUGGCUUUGCACAGGACCCUCCAGGGCUCCCUGCUCACCCCAGACCCGGGGCUGCCGUGGAACAAGUCCCCCACACCAACACCAUCAAGUGCCCUGAGCGUUUCACAACGACCCUGGGGAAACACGGGAGGAAGAAGCCAGUGGUCCCCGAGCGGACCCGAGCCUGGCUCCCUGCCCCACUGCGACAGCCCUUGAACUCGUCACUCGAUGCACACACUGGACAUGCUGAGGCCGGGGAGAGCCCGCCCCGGCCGCCUGCACGAAGGGGAGAAGGCUGAGUGACCGGUGCUUGCCUCAACGCGAGGCCACUGUGCCUCACCCUCUUCCCCAGAGGGCUCGUGUCUGUGAUGCCCACGUGCCAGCAGCAGCUCCACCUGCCUCGGCCCCGUGCCCUCACCCGGUGGCCACAGCGGAGGGCCUCCCAGAGCCGGUGCCCAGGGAGGUGGACACGUGGCCACCCAGCUUCUCAGAGCCAGGUGGUGUCUCAUUGUCCUCUCCUAACACAAACUAUUGUUUGGAAAAGUCCCUCUGACCCAAGUCACCGAACUGGAGCCAGAAUUACAUUUCUGCCACGAGUGGCCAGUGGAUAUGCUGGAUUCAUCACAGUGCCAGCUGCCAAGUCCAGCUCCGCACACAUAUGCCAUGAGAACGGGCUGUGGCCGCCCGUGGAGGCGCGGCCCUCACUGCACGGCCCGCCUCGUCUGGCUGUCGGCAAAUGCCGACAUUCUGUGGAAUUAGGACAGAGUCCAUCUUAGGGGUCACCAGAUGGGCGGGUCUUUGGACGUGAGGUUUGACAUGAGGCUGGCAUGAGGGGGGGCCGUGGAGAUCACUGAGGUUCCCCCACGAGGAGGGCAGCACAGGAGAGCCACUACCCAGCCGGUGACAGACCCUCCUCCCUGCAGUUCCCGGGAGGGCACGUGGUUAGCUGGGUGGCUGGGGCGCGACAGGAACUGGGCGCCACAGUUAGGAGGUGGCUGCUGGCUAGGAAGUGGGGUGGGGCCAAAAAUACCUCAUGCACCUGCCAUCGGCCCCACUGUCUCCACACACCUCAGCUCUGCCCCCUCGGUCUUCAUUUCGAUACCUCCUGAUUUCUGCAUAUCAGGGAAGCAGUCAACUCUCCCCACCUCCCCCGAGACCUCAGCGCGUCCCUGGUGGGGCUGGCCUCCCCGUGCCUCCCACAUGGCAGGAGAGGGCAGGUAGUCGGUGGAACCAGAGGGCUGUAGGGGGGAGCCAGCGGUCUCUGUGAGCACUUUGGGGAUCGGUGCUUUACCAGGAAAGGGCUGAGGGACUGACCUCAAGUGUUCCCACUGAAAUAAACUCACUGUGUUUCUGAGGAACUGGGGGAGCCCCAUGGGGCCCAGAGAGCCUGGGUCUACUGCUGCUUUUUGGAUGGGUGGUUAGUCCCAAACCGAGUGACCUCUGUGACUGGAAGCCCCACGGAGGGGGGUGACGUCGGCAGGCGUGGGGGGCAAAGCCCUGCUCACCUCUGUCCAGCUGCAGUGGUUUGUGCACUUUUCGUUCCAUCUCUUCUUCAUACCCUGGUUGUGGCAUCAUCUCCAACAGGUGACACCGGGGACCCUUCUCCCUUGACUGAGAACCAGGCAUUUCAGCAGUUCUCAGGGGCCCCAGAAAGUCCAGAGACCACAGUGUGGGAUCCCUGGUCAGGAAGCAAGAAGGCAGAGCCGGGCAGGGAGGGUGGUGGGAAGGAGGAGGAGGGGUGCCCCAGCUCCCUACUCACGCCCCCGGGGGCCAUCCUGCAGUUCCGAGCUGCACAGAGCCAGGCGGGGCUGCAGGGCCGCCAGGAGGAGGGCAAGCCUGCGUGGACUCAGGGGAGCUGGAGACCCCCCAGCACUACAGACUUGGUCUAGGCACGACAUUGACCGUGAACGGUGCAGUCCACGGCCGCUCGGGACAGUUAAGCAGUGAUGGUGUUAAGGCAAAAUUGGCGUCUGUGGUAGAUUUUACGCUGCUCCUAACCCUCUGCUGCUUUGGGUUCUGAGAGGUGGGUGAGCGAGUGUGGGGGUGACCAGGUGACUGGAGGCCAGGGGUGCAUGUGUCUGUAUGCGCCCGCACCCACCCCUCUUGGGGCUCGUGCAGCCACAGGAGAGCCAGCCAGUGGAGCUCUGGUCACACAACCUUUUGUUUCUUUCUGGAAGGUGCUUUUCUUCACAAACUCUCUGGCCACAUGGGGAGGGAGGGGCAAGGGCUCUCCUGGACAUGUGCAGGGCAGCGGCCUUGCCCUCGGCCCACCCCCCACAGCACACCCCCACCGUCCCUCCCUCCCAAAAAGUCUCUAAGCAGAGCACAGUGCCCCCCCGCCCCGUUCCCUUCCCAUUCCCCCUGAACAUUCCAAGUUUCUCUCCAGAAGCCUUGGAAAUGGCACAACGGUGAUACUCCAGUUCACUUGCAAAUUUAUAAUGAGGCUUCUUUCCCCACCCAAGUCCAAGAACCCACAUCCCGCACCCUCCUCCGCUUGGAGAGAUGGGAACCGCGGUGGCGGCAAGAAAUAACAGGUUAGAUCCCAGUCCCCCGGUCAGCGGAGGGGUGCCGCCCGCCGGCCUGCUGGGAAGUCCCAAGCACGGCGCCCUUGGCGGCGAGAAGCCACCGCCAUUGGCUUUUCCACCUGCCCUAGGCCCGGCGGGGGGCAAUAAGGACUAACGUACGAAGCACCUGUUCUUGGCCCAGCGCUAGACUGGCACUCUGAGCACAUUUCCUCCUGUCGUUCCCCCUCCAAAAACAGAUACCCAGACGUGGGUGUUACCUGCUCCUUGUUACAGACAAAGAAGCUGAGGCUUGUCCACAGGCACA